AUGAAAUGUGCUACUGAGAGUGACUACACAUCAACACCUGCUGGCAAGGCGGCAUUCUUCCUUGCUCGUGCAGUUGAGCCAUUUCUGCAAUAUGGCAUUCUCGCACACGGACUCGGCACGCCCAUCCUGCACCGUCUUGGACUCAAGACACUCCCACCAGGACUGCCAGCGCACACUGAUAUCACUGCUAUCGGUAGCCUAGGCUUGUCGCCAAACAGGCUUGUGCUAGUAGGCAUGUCGAUUGGCAGCGCCGUGAAGCAGAACAUCUGGGUUGCUCUGCUUUCCGGAGAGCCAAUGCCUGUUGUGCCCGCCAUCCAGGUCGGUCUGUUUAACGCCUUCUUCAAUAGCAUCAGCAGCUAUACAUUCCUUCUCGCUGCGACAUCAGCAUCGAAAGAGGCGGAUUUUCCUCAGCCAUCUCUCAUUGCGGGUGGUACGUUGUAUACAGUCGGCAUCAUCACCGAGCUCGUGGCAGAGAUCCAACGCAAACGCUUCAAGUCCGACCCAAAGAACAAAGGCAAGGCUUACACUGGGGGUCUGUGGCGGUUUGCCCGACACAUCAACUAUGGUGGCUACACAAUCUGGAGAGCAGGCUACGCAUUGGCCGGAGGUGGCUGGGCUUUAGGCGCGCUUGUUGGUGCGCUCUUUGCAUUCGAUUUCUCGACGAGAGCGAUUCCCAUUCUGAACGAGUACUGCGAGAAGAGGUACGGUGAGGCCUGGACAAAGUUUAAGGAGCAGACCCCGUACUGCCUGAUUCCAUUCGUAUAUUGA